AUGCAGAGCAUCAAGUGUGUGGUGGUAGGAGACGGUGCAGUGGGGAAGACCUGCCUCCUCAUCUCCUACACCACCAACGCCUUCCCCAAGGAAUACAUCCCCACUGUGUUUGACAACUACAGUGCCCAAGUGACUGUGGACAGCAGGACUAUUAGCCUCAACCUGUGGGACACAGCAGGCCAGGAGGAGUACGACCGUCUGCGCACCCUCUCCUACCCCCAGACCAACGUGUUUGUCAUCUGCUUCUCCAUCGCCAGCCCCCCCUCCUUUGAGAACGUCAAGCACAAGUGGCACCCAGAGGUCACCCACCACUGUCCCAAUACGGCCAUUCUGCUGGUGGGCACCAAGAAGGACCUGCGUAAUGACCCAGAGGUGUUGAAGAAGCUUAAGGAUCAGAACCAGACGACCAUCACCCAACAGCAAGGCAGCGCCCUGGCCAGGCAGAUCCAUGCCAUCAAGUACCUCGAAUGCUCUGCCCUCAACCAAGAUGGAAUCAAAGAGGUGUUCGCUGAGGGUGUGCGAGCCUUUCUCAACCCACAACCUGUCGCCACCAGGAAACCUUGUGUGCUACUGUAA